CUAACAAACUCAUUGUGUGCCUCAUCCUCCAAAAAAAACCCUAAUUUCCCUUCAUCUUCAUCCUACACCCACUGCACACACUUUCACUCACCGUCGCAACCAUGGGUCGUGUCAGAACCAAAACCGUGAAAAAAUCCUCCAGACAAGUCAUCGAGCGUUACUACUCCCGCAUGACCUUGGAUUUUCACACCAACAAGAAAAUCCUCGAGGAAGUCGCACUCAUUCCCACCAAGAGACUCCGCAACAAGAUCGCCGGAUUCUCAACUCAUCUCAUGAAGAGGAUUCAGAAGGGACCUGUUCGUGGAAUCUCGUUGAAGCUACAGGAGGAAGAGCGCGAGAGGCGUAUGGAUUUCGUUCCGGAUGUGUCUGCUAUUAGGACUGAUCAUAUUGAGGUUGAUAAGGAGACGCUGGAUAUGCUUGCUGCUCUUGGUAUGUCCGAGAUUCCAGGGGUUGUGCAGGUGGAUCCGGUUCCUGUUCAAGCCAUUCCUUUCGGUCGUGGCGCUGCAGCGGCUGGGGGAGCUGGUGGAAGGAGGUUUUGAGAGUGAGGUUUAAUGGUUUUGAUUUAGAGUAUUUUGGAUUUUGUUUUGUUAUUGAUAAAUGUUAUGGUAAUGAGUUUUGGAUUUUGAAUCUUGUUAUAUUGUUGUUAUGGAAUUCAAAUGUUUAUUUUGGAUUUGUUGGCAUGGAUUUA